GGGACCGGAAGUGCAGGGUUGCCGGGAACUGCGGACUGCAGAGUGGGACGAGCGAUUGCGGUUACCGAGCAUGCUGUACCGAUGUCUGGGAAUUGCCACGUGAGCCGGGGUGAUCACAGAAGGAAACCAAAGUCGUGUGGACCCCGAGGCACCCAUCCCGAGAGCUGGCAAGCAGGGCGUGAUGCCCGGGUGAAUGAAAUGUGUCCCGGAGCCACCAUACACGACGUGGAAGGCUGUUUUCUGCGCCACAUUACGUAGAAAUUGUAUUCAUCACACGAUAAAUUGCCGGAUGAGCCUAUCGAGGUUCUUCCUAAAUAAACUGAAUCUGAAAAACUAAAGUAAAGGUGUUUUGCACCAGCAUUCAGAAGACAACAGUGUUAAACUAAUGUGUUAGCUUGCUAGUGGGAUAAAUCCUACAGUUAUUGACAGCAUCUGGCUACCGUGCUUCACUCAGAGCAAAUAGUCAGCCUUGAACUUCUGAGAUCAAUCAAUCCUCCUGCAUACUGUGCAUGAUACCAGUGAGAUAGCACGCCCAGACUUCCUCCUCAGAGAAACUAUUAUCAUCAGGAGAUGGAGGCUGUGGAGUCUGAGCUGUGACAGAUGCUCUCCUAGUGACCUACUGUGACCUUAAAAUGAUCCACAAGAGAUAGCUAUUGACAACCAAGCUAAUGGACUCAUUGGUCGGAGCUGGGCAAUGCUGUUUGCCAGUGGAGGCUUCAAGGUGAAACUUUAUGACAUUGAGCAACAGCAGAUAACAAACGCCCUGGAAAACAUCAGGAAGGAGAUGAAGUUGCUGGAGCAGUCCGGCUCUCUCAAAGGCUCCUUGAGUGCAGAGCAGCAGUUGUCACUCAUCAGUGGCUGCGGUAACCUAGCAGAAGCAGUAGAGGGCGCCAUGCACAUUCAGGAAUGUGUUCCAGAGAACCUGGAACUGAAGAAGAAGAUUUUUGCCCAGCUGGAUCGUAUCGUGGAUGACAGAGUCAUCUUAAGCAGCUCCAGCUCUUGUCUGCUGCCUUCCAAGCUGUUUACCGGCUUGGCACACGUGAAGCAGUGUGUAGUGGCUCAUCCUGUCAAUCCACCAUAUUAUGUCCCACUGGUUGAGCUAGUCCCUCACCCAGAGACAGCUCCAGCCACAAUGGACAGAACCUAUGCCUUGAUGAAGAGGAUUGGGCAGUCCCCGGUGAGACUCCUGAAGGAGAUCGAUGGCUUCGUUCUGAACCGCCUGCAGUAUGCCGUCAUCAGCGAGGCCUGGAGAAUGAUGGAGGAAGGAAUAGUGUCUCCUAACGACCUGGACCUGGUCAUGUCAGAUGGGCUGGGCAUGCGGUAUGCAUUCAUUGGACCCUUGGAGACUAUGCACCUCAAUGCUGAAGGUAUUGUAAGCUACUGUGACAGAUACAGUGAUGGAAUGAAGCGUGUCCUCAAGACUUUUGGACCUGUUCCAGAGUUCUCAGGGGCCACAGUGGAGAAAGUUAACCAGGACAUCUGUAUGAAGGUUCCUGAUGAUCCAGAACAUUUAGCUGCCAGAAGAAAAUGGAGGGACGACUGUCUCAUGAAACUUGCUAAACUGAAGCACCAGGUGCAGCCCCAGUAAAUUUCUUGUAAUGCCUCCAUCACUCCUUCCUGGGAAACUCUCUUUGGCGAGAUUAGAAGCUCUUGAUCCAAUCCCUGUGCAGCAUCGAGAAGCCUAGGAAGCCGGCCUUAAGACCAGGUCUGCUCCCCGGUGUUCUGCUACGAGCAGCUGUAGAUACCAAGUAUCUUCAGGUCACUCCUGCCUAACCCUGCACUGGGCUAUCAGGGCACUGCUUGGGCUCUGAGUUGUGGGUUUCCUGCUACCUGGGCAAACAGGCUGAAGAUCUUCACUUCUUUCCAGUGUGAUUACACAUGCAUUUCCAGGUGAUAAUUGCAGUUUCCUGUUAUCUUAAUCUACUACAAAAGAAUUUUUGUAAUCGUUUUCUAAUCCCCCUGAGUGCCCUGUAACCCUUGCAUUAUGAAAUAAUCACCUUAAGCUUUAAUGAAUAAUAUUCUGAAUAAAAAUCUUGAUUCCA